AUGAUGAUAGGAGCUAGUGACGGGUCAUCCAAACUCGACAAUCCAUAUGAUUACGGCUCGGUACAAGCCACCACUAGCAGCGUAUUACGAACCGAGGAGUUGCCGCCGCCGUUCGAAUCAAACCCCAGGCAACGUCCAGUCGUAAUUGAUCUGCUCCAAGACGAAGAUAACUGGGUUCAAUCUGGUGGGGAGCAGCCACCGGAAUUUACGCCGUACGAGGCCCAACAUUGGGUCAACAGCGACGGAAAUGUCAUUUCACACGAUCCUCAUCUAAAUGAAGACGGCGAGGCGCUUUAUCGCUUCCUCCUGUCUCAAACGACAGAGCCUCCCAGAUUUGCUGUUCGGUGUCGUGGGACUCAUAGAGAGACGAGGACAAGAGUCGUAACCCAUACGGGACAUGGUCAUUCGGAUAAUGGUGGUCAUCACCAUUCGGGAUCGCACACAAAGGUCGAAACCUAUACCGAGACAGUCGUCGACUUUGACUUUCGCAUCGACUUGACGCAACAUCUCCACCCUCCCGUCAAUUGGACCGCGUCGGAUGAGGAGCCAACCUAUCGGGGCAAGAUGGUAUGGGAGAAGGAUGUUCAAGAUGGGAUUGCGCUUCAGCGUCAACGAACUACGCGAGCGGAGAAUAAAGCCGCGGGAAAAUGGCGAAAGUUCAGGGAUCAGGCGGGAUUGCCUCCAUGGAUCCGUUCGCCUAGUAUGCCUGGUGAAGAACGGCCACGUCAAGCGCACGCUGCAAACGCCGUUGCACAGUCGUCUAGAACUGUCAGAAACUGGGCAGAUGACUACUGCGCAAGCGACAAGCUCCUCAAGGAGUUUGUGUUUGAGAAAGUCGUCCACGGGUGGAACCUGGGCGCUCUAGAAAAGGCCAUCGAGACCCUCAUACGAUCUACCUACUACACUGGAGACCUUCACAUUAGCUUCCCCAUGAGCGCCAACAAGGUGUACAUUCGACCGACGAACCAACUCUCCCGCGCCUUGAGCCACUGGUGGGUCAAGCUGCUCCUCUGGAUCACCCUCAUCUAUCCAUUUAUCUGGCUUUUCAAACGCUUCUCCAAGCGAGGUGGCGGAAUUUGGCAAGUCGCGGGUGCAGCCUAUUCACUCAAGGAAUGGGUCCAUCUCGAGGACUCGGUGGCAGGCGAAGACGUGGCACGGUACUUGAUCCGCAAAGAGGAGGCCAGAGCGCAACUGCCAAAUCGAAGUCUGACCGCUCUUCCUGCAUAUUCCAGCGAUCUCAAGUCACCUCUUCCCAUUACCUCAUCGACCGGUGACGCAUGGACAGAGCAGCGGCCUACCACUCUCGCCCAAUUUGGAUUGUCGUCGCAACCGCAGGCGUCGAGCUCCUCGGCUGCUCCUCUUCCGACAAUCUCAAAAUUGCGUCAAACACCAAAGGGCGUCAGCGAGCUUGUCGGGCUCAGGGAAGGAGAAUGGUUCAAGCAGUGGGAGGGAACCAUCACCAGAUCAGUACUCCUGCGAGUGGAUCGCUCCGACCCUCUGGCGCUCCCCGGAGAAAUCCUUGCGGAGAGUGCUGGUGCUAUGCUUGACGGAUACAAUGACUAA